CCCGCCCAGAAAUGGCUUCCUCAUCUCAGCUUCGAGUGCAAAGUAGCAGUUUUUAUUUAAAGCAACAGUACGAGAAAUUCCAACUUUGCAGAUGGUGCAUGCUAGCAAAAUAACCCUUGAUGCGGCGUUCUGUAGAGUAUCGCUGAACUAAGAGGAAGUGAAAAUUAAAAUAAAAUUUAAAAAAAGUAUAUAUCUUUCUGGCACAACCAUUGUCGACACUGUUGCACCACUAACAUGUCUGUUUUGCCAUUUAACGACAAACAAAUUCACCAAUUGAGCACUAGUAUUGCCAAAGCUAUUAAUCCAGCUGAAACUCGCGUCAAAGAAAAACAUGUGCGCAUCGCGAUUAUCGGCACGUACCAAGAAAAAGGGGGCAACAUAUUUUGGACGUACGUUUUGCGGCAGCAGUUGCAAGAGAACCGGAUAGUGGCGUGGAAAUUUUGCCACGUUUUGCACAAAAUCCUGCGCGAGGGUCAUCCCCGCGUCAUCGCGGACUCGCAGCGUUACCGUGGAAAGUUGGAAGACAUCGGCAAAUUGUGGCAACACCUGCGCGAAGAGUACGGCCGCUUGAUACAUUUGUACAUACGCUUGUUGAUAACAAAGUUGGAUUUUCACAAGCGCAACCCCCGCAUGCCGGGCAAUCUUCAAGUUACGCCCGAAGAACUUGAAGCUAUUGGUGAAAACGACAUAAACGUCUACUUUCAAAUGACCGUUGAAAUGUUCGAUUACAUGGAUGACAUACUAAACCUGCAACAGGCUGUGUUUGGAUCCCUCGAUCUGUCAAAAUCCAAUUCAAUGACGCCGUGCGGCCAGUGCCGGCUGGCCCCGCUCAUUCCAUGUGUCCAAGACGCUUCGCAGCUGUACGAUUACUGCGUAAAGAUGCUUUUCAAGCUGCACAGCGCCCUACCCGCCGACACCUUGUCCGGGCAUCGAGAUCGCUUUCUCAAACAAUUUCGCGAACUCAAAAGCUUUUACAACACAGUCAUGCACAUGCACUACUUCAAACACCUGAUUACGAUUCCAUCUUUGCCCGAGAACCCACCAAACUUUUUGAUACAAGCCGAAUUGAGGUCUUACGUUACGCCAGUAGUGGUGCUACCGCCCGAAGAGCCCAUAGACACCGAAGGUGCUUUAAUCGACACUUCGGACACUAGUUCUUUACCCGGUGAUAACGCGGAAUCUUCGCUAAACGGUACAAUUUCACCCGAUGCCUUAGUGGAAAGAGACAGUUUGAUUGACCAUUUGCACCACGAAAACGCAAGGCAGCGCCAAGAGUUGCAACGUUUGUUGAACGAGCAUCAAAAUAUCGUUGGAGAUUUGAGAAAUCGUGUUCUGGAACUCGAGUCGAUACUUUCAGCCAAGGGAAACGAAAUACUCCAAGAAAAACAAUCGGCUCAAGAGAUUACGAAACAAAGAGAGGAAAUACUACUGCAGUGUACUGCCGCUGAAGAGAAGAGCAAGAAUUUGGAAGAAAAAUUUCAAAAACUGAAAGACGUCUACACUAAGUUGAGGGAGGAACACAUUAAUUUAAUCAGAAAAAAAGCUGAAGUUGACAAACAACUUGGGAGUAUGAAAUUGACACUCGAUCAGUCGGAAAGGCGAACUCUGGAAGCCGAACAGCGACUCGACGAACAAAUACAAGGCCAGGCGACGGUAGAACAGGAGGCUCAGCGAGUCGUCCAAGCUCGCGCUGAUCUGGAGGAGGUCAGAAAAGAGUUCGAUGCAUCGAAGACCGAGAACUUGAGCCUUUUGGCUAGAAUCGACUUCAUCACGUCGGAAAAGGCCGCGGUCGAGGGGGAGUUGCACGAUUUGUCAUCACAGAAGGACGAGCUGGAGAUGAAAAUGACGAAUCUCCAGGCCGAAGCCGAGCGCUCGCUAGCGCAAGUGAAAGCCGACUUCGACGCGACCUUGUACGAUUUACUUUUGACGUGCUUGUCGGAGGCGGAAGCUAUGCUGCAAAACGCGAUGCACGUCGUUGAUAACCCGGCCGUGUCUGCGGUCACUUGCACGCCCGAUUACCUGGCUAGCUUGUUGAGACCAACGGACGAAGCGUUAAACAACUUGAGCACGGUUUACACCAAUUACACGGCCGAUUCGUCCCUGAGAGGCCAAUUAAUGCGCAAUGCCAUUCACACCGCCUUUACCCUGGCUACGUACAUCAUGCAGGCCAAAUUCACUUCGAACACAUCCAAGGAUAUUACCUUUGGAGACAGGUUAACGGACGAAUGCAAACAGCUGGGCUCACAGGGUUUAAUCAUGAUGAGUUACAUGAAAGAGAAAUCCGCGUCAACAACGAACCAAAUCCAAGUUGUUCGGAAACAGUUGGAAAAAAUUUCGGGACUGGCAGACUCUCUGUCAAAAGCCCUCGGUAAUCCUGAAGUAAUUGGCGAUCUUGUCGAAACGGAAUUGAUGAGCAUGGACAAGGCCAUUGAGGAAGCUGCCGCGAGAAUUCAAGAAAUGUUGGACAAAUCACGAGCAGCGGACUCUGGUGUAAAAUUAGAAGUUAACGGAAAAAUCCUAGACUCUUGCACUGAUUUGAUGAAAGGCAUCAGAAACUUGGUGAAAAAAUCACGCUUUCUGCAAAUGGAGAUUGUUGCUCAGGGCAAGGGUAGUGCUUCAGCUCAUGAGUUUUACAAACGUAAUCAUCAGUGGUCUGAGGGCUUGAUUUCGGCAGCUAAGGCUAUUGGAACGGGAGCUAAUUUCCUGUUAGAAGCUGCGGAUGAAGUUGUUUUGGGAAAUGGCAAAUUCGAAAAACUAGUCGUGGCUUCGCAGGGUAUAGCCGCCUCGACUGCUCAAUUAGUCGUUGCCAGUAGAGUGAAAGCUGAUCGAAAUAGCAGUAAUUUAUCAGCACUCUCAGAAGCAUCGCGCUUGGUUAUGCAGGCCACUGGAGGCGUCGUGGCAACUGCAAAAAGUUGUAGCCAACUCGUCGAGGAUAAUGAAGACAUGGAUAUUUCUGGAUUGAGCUUGCAUCAAGCCAAGCGAUUGGAAAUGGAAGCUCAAGUGCGCGUCCUAGAAUUGGAACAAGCAUUGGAGACUGAACGACUGAAACUAGCCGCUCUGCGCCGUUAUCAUUAUCAAAUGGCCGACGAAAACGAAGGUUAG